AUGGCGACAGCAGCGACAGACAAGAUCCCCGUCCCGAAACCGGGGGAGGGCGAGCCGAUUGUAUUUUUCGACAUUCAGAUUGGCGGCGAACCACUCGGCCGGAUAAAGAUGCACCUCUUCUCCAACACGGUGCCCAAGACGGCCGAGAACUUCCGCCAGUUCUGCACGGGCGAGCACAAGGGCAUGGGCAACAAGCCGAUGGGGUAUAAGGGGAGCAAGUUCCACCGGGUGAUCAAAAACUUCAUGAUCCAAGGCGGCGACUUCCUCCACUCGGACGGCACGGGCAGCACGAGCAUCUACAACAACGCCGCCUUCGCCGACGAGUCGUUUGCCAUAAAGCACACUCGCCCCGGGUUGCUGUCCAUGGCCAACUCGGGCCCCAACACCAACGGGUGUCAGUUCUUCAUCACCUGCGCGGCCGCCCCCUGGCUGGACAACAAGCACGUCGUGUUCGGGCAGGUCGCGGACGACGAGGAGAGCAUGAAGGUCGUGCGCAUGAUUGAGAAUACGAGGACCGCGGGGCCCGGGGGGAGGGGCCAGGGCGAACGGCCCGUGCUGGACGUCAGGAUCGUGCAGUGCGGUGAGAUGUGA